CCCCAGAGUGGGUCACCACACUGUUUUUUAUCAUCAUGGGAAUCAUUUCAUUGACUGUCACAUGUGGUUUGCUGGUGGCUUCCCACUGGCGGAGAGAAGCUACAAAAUAUGCCCGAUGGAUAGCAUUCACUGGAAGAGGAGAAAACAAUGGGAUGAUAUUCUCAAGCACAUUCAGCCCCAGUUCCACGCACAGACUAAGACCACCCAAGAUUAAAUUUCAAGAAGAGAUUUUUCAAGAGACUCAGAAGAUUGUAGAGCUGGAUGAAAUCUAAAAGAGCACGUACAGUGUUUCCAUUUUCCAGAUGAAGAAACCAAGGCCUCAGAAAAGUAUACUGACUUUCCCUAAGUCACACAACAGCAGAGCACCCACACAGGAAGAAAUGUCUGUGGCAGAUGGUCCUUGGACAGUUGACCUAAGACAUCUAUUCAUGUUCCACAGCAUCUGAACCAGUCUUCCUCCAGCUAAUCUCCAUCUACUCCAUCCAGCUAAUUUCUACCAAAGUAAUCUCAACACAAAAGAAAGCAUAUCAUUUCUCUGAGUUCCUGUCAUUCCUACUCUACAGAAUGAAGUCCACACUUCUUUAGCAUAGUUUCACGAUCUGGCUUCAGUCUGUCUCUUCGCUGUUUUUACCCACCACUGUAUCUCUCCUUACACGGCCAAACCCGCUCGUCUCCAUUCUUUCACUACACCUGCUCUUUGUCUUGGCUGUGACUGCACUCCCUCCUCGCAGUUUUCCCUAAUCCCUCUCAUAUUUGAAACAUACCUAAUUUUUUGUGCUUUCUCUUUGGUUUAUACCUCUCUGAUAGAACUUACUUGAGGCGAGUAGACUGCUUAGAUUCAAAUCUCAGUUCCAAGAUACUAGCUGUGUGAAACCCUUGAUAAAUCACUUAGCCUCUGUGAGCCUUGGUUUUUUCACCUGUAGAAUGGGGUUAACAGUACCUAUGUCAUAGGGUUAUUGUUGGUUUAAAUGAGAAAGCAUGGAAAGUGCCUGGCUCAUAGUAAGUAUUCAGAUGUUAGUUUGCUGCUGUUCUUAUUAAUAAACACCUCCCUGUCACUAGAUUAUAAACUCUUUUUUUUUUUUUAAAGAUUUUAUUUAUUUAUUCGACAGAGAUAGAGACAGCCAGCGAGAGAGGGGAACACAAGCAGGAGGAGUGGGAGAGGAAGAAGCAGGCUCAUAGCGGAGGAGCCUGAUGUGGGGCUCGAUCCCAUAACGCCAGGAUCACGCCCUGAGCCAAAGGCAGACGCUUAACCGCUGUGCCACCCAGGCGCCCCGAGAUUAUAAACUCUUGAAUGCAAGGAAUGUGGCUUUCUCAUUUCCCUUAAGAGACCUGGCACAUUGCUUUACAUGUGAAUUGAAUUAUCAUAAUUAAAUUUGGGGCUAGGUUAUAAAGGAAAAUUAUGAAACUGUAUUUGAGAGACUUAGCCACCUAUCUGCCAGGAUCGUUUCAGUGAAAUUCUUUCUGAAAGCAGAAGCUUUCCUAGAUCAGCCCUUGCAAGUAAAUGUGGUUAUUUUAUUGGUAGGUAUUUGACUGUAUAAUAUGCCAGUUUCAUUGACUUCCUUAGGAUUCAAGACCUAAGACCUUUACUACUCAAGACUCUUUGUGGACUGAAGACCCUUUCCUACCGAAUUCAUAGUGCUCCAGUGUUGAUACCAAUACAAAGAGGACCAGGAUGAUGCAAGCACCCUGUUGAUCCUGAGAGAACUCUCUGGAGGCUUCUUCAAGCUUUUGGGUUCUCAGCUAUCUUGAAGCCAUAUAUUUGAAAUAAAAGCUCACAGUGCACAAAGAUGUAGAACAGUGUCCAUUGCCACAUCGAUUUAAAAAAAAUUAUUUCUCACAGUUCUGGAGGCUGGAAAUCCAAGAUCAGGGUGCCAGCAUGGUCGGGAAAAUAAGUGUUGGGUGCUUUUAUAAUGGCUACACAUACUAGUCCUGUCUUCCAUGGUCAAGAUAAUAUGUUUCUGGAAGAUCAUUGCAUGAGGAGAAACAAUUGCAGAGAUCCCAAGAAGCAGUUGGACCAGAAGGACCUCCGUGGACUUGGCCAAAAUCCAGACAAUGGACUACUGGUUACACAUGUUAACCAGACACAGGACUUACUGAGGCUGCAGGGACACGAGACCCAACCCUCGCCUUGGGAGAACUCAGAAGACUGGCUUUCAACACGCAGUUUACAGUUUGAGAGGCUCACCUUGGCUGACCUGCUUAGCCAGGGCACCGCCGUGCUGGAGGAGGGCAGCAAUAUCAUGAGGAAAGUUCACUUCUCCACCCAGUUCAUCCACCAAUUUGAAUCCAAGCUUUCUGAGGCUAUCGAACUCUAUCAACAAAGAAUCCGGUGGCUCACAGAAAACAGCAGGAAGGCAUUUGGCCACAUCAAGGGAGCCAGAGUCGGCCUUGUCAUUGAUGUGUCAGCCGUGAGCAGUGGCUCUCAGAAAGAGGAGUUCCAAACUGACUUCCUGAGCCUCAUUGAGGAGCAGCUGAGCCACAAGGAGAAGCUGUAUGUCCUGUCCUUUGGCUCCACCACCAGCGCCCUCUGGCCAGACCUGGCGGAAGUCAGCUCCUCCACCCUCCAGGAACUCAAGCUCUGGGUAAAGAGUCUGCAACCUGAAGGAGGCAGUAAUUUGCUACAAGCCCUGAGGAAGAUCUUCACCCUGAAGGGACUGAAUUCUCUGGUGACCAUCAUGGGAAGCUGCCCAGAUCAGCCUUCUGAAAUUCUGUCCAACUACAUCCAACAGUCCACCAUGGGAAGGGGCCUCAUCACCCACAUCAUCACCUACAAAUGCAACAAUCAGGUACCCCUUGCUGUCCUAAAGAACCUUGCAGAAGCUGUUGGGGGUCACUACCACUGCUACAGCCCAGAAACGGAGGUCUACAGCAGCUGGGACAUGGACCAGCUGCUGGCAGAAAUCCAGAAAGCCCAGAGCCUCCUGGGCCACCUCCAAGCCUUGCUCCACAAGACCCCCUGUGAGGAGCUAACCAGCACGAUGAAGGAGAUUUCCACAGAGAUUGCAAAAGGGCCACUCACAGGUCUCUUGCCUAAACCCCCAAAGCAUGAGGGUCCCCUCACAAUUGAGUUCCCAAACUUGGACAAGACUUCUGCAGAAUGGCUAAAGAUCAAUGGCCUCAAAGCUAAAAAGCUAAGCCUUUAUCAGGUUCUGGCACCCAACGCAUUCUCUCCUGUGGAGGAAUUUGUGCCUAUUCUCCAGAAAACAGUAUCUUCAACUAUCCAUGAGAGGGCAAUGGUACAAUUCGAAUGGCAUGAUGGGACAGUGAAGAAUGUUCACGUGGACCCACCCUUCCUCUAUGAGUACCAGAAACAGCUCAGCAGAGCUCUGCGAAUGUACGAGAGACGGAUCGAGUGGCUCUCCUUGGCUAGCCGAAGAAUCUGGGGCACCGUCUGCGAAAAAAGGGUGGUUAUACUGCUGGAUAUCUCGGUGACCAAUUCCAUGUACAUUAUUCAUAUCCAGCACUCCCUGCGGCUUCUGCUGGAGGAACAGUUGUCCAACAAGGAUUGCUUCAACAUCAUCGCGUUUGGAAGCACAACUGAAAGCUGGAGGCCCGAGAUGGUUGCCGUGAGCCAUGAAAACCUACAAAGCGCCUGGCGGUGGGCCCUGACUCUGCGGUGUCAAGGCAGCAGGAAUGUCCUCAGCGCCCUGCGGAAGGCUGUGGAAGUGGACUUCAGGGACAAAGACAAACACCAGUCGCAGGGCAUCUACCUCUUCACGGGGGGCAUCCCUGACCAGGACAUGCCCGUGCUCAGUGCCUACAUGGCCGAGGCCUGUGGGGGCUGCGACCUCCAGCUGAACGUGUGUCUCUUCUACGUGGGUGAGCCUCAGAUGGACAUCACGCCCCCUGCCCGCUAUGCCAGCCGCGCUGACACGGCCGCCGCCUACCGAGAGGUCACCCAGGCUACUGCUGGGCGCUUCCACUGGUUUGGAGAUACAGGUAUUUACGAAAGUGAUGACAUCAACGCCAUCAUGUCUGAGAUGGAAAAGGCUCUCAACUACUCCCAAAAGUGUGCCUUGCUGGUGUCCUCCCUGAAGAACCAGUCUGGAAAAGAACUGGAAAGUGCAGUCCUCCUGAAAGGAAAGCCAAAGAUGUUCAAGCAAAGAAGUCAGCCCAAGAAACUCUGUUCUUCCAAACCCACAACUCCCUCGGUGGCCAGAAUGAGUCUCAAAGACAACCCUGAUAGAGAGAAGAGUUCUCCCUUGCAAGCUAACGGCAAAGCAGGCAUCCUACCAGCUGCAGCCCAGCCCGUGAGAGAAGGGACUGCAGAACGGAGGAGGAAGACCAAAUGGAGGGAAGCAGGGACCGCUCUCUCACUGUUUUAUACAGAGUCAGGGAAUAACGUGGGCUCCGUAUACAAGAAGUACCCUCAAGGAAAGGGCAUACGACGGGUUAGCACUUCUAUCCAGUUGCCCAGGAAGGAUACAGUUUGCUCAAGCCAAGAGUGGGUAGCAAAUUAUGGGCUAAAAAAACUGAAAAUGGAAAUCUCCAGAUACAUGGGUCCCAGCUGCGCUCAUCAAAAGUCAGUCCCGGGGCUGGCGUCAGCCAAAUACUGCAGUAUCCUGCCCAGCAUAGAGAUCAAUGGGAUAGUGAGACAUAUCCAGUGGACGCCCAGGGAAAUCGAGGCAUACAUCACGGGCCUGGAGAAGGUGUUGAGGCGCUAUGUCCAGAGGCUGCAGUGGCUGCUGUCCGGGAGCCGCCGACUGUUUGGCACCAUUUUGGAGAGCAAAGUGUGCAUCCUGGUGGACACGUCGGGAUCCGUGGGCCCCCACCUGCAGCAGGUGAAGACGGAGCUGGUGCUGCUGAUUUGGGAACAGCUGAGGAAGCACUGUGACAGCUUCAACCUGCUCAGCUUUGCGGAGGACCUGCGCCUGUGGCGGGACACUCUGGUGGAGACCACCGAUGCGGCAUGCCACGAGGCCAUGCAAUGGGUGACCCACCUGCGUGCUCAUGGGAGCACCUCCAUCCUGCACGCGUUACUGAAAGCCCUCAGUUUUCACGACGUGGAAGGAUUGUACCUCCUGACCGACGGGAAGCCAGAUACGAGCUGCAGCCUUAUUCUGAGUGAAGUCCAAAGACUCACGGAGAAGAGAGAUGUGAAAAUGCACACCAUUUCCCUGAACGGCUCAGGCAGGGCAGCAGCUGACUUCCUGAGAAACCUGGCCGCCCUCACAGGGGGCCGCUACCACUGCCCCGUUGACGAGGACACUCUCCUCAAAAUCCAUGGCCUGCUGACCAAGGGCUUCGUGGACGAAAGGGAUCCCGUGUUGCCACUGUUUGAAGGAGAUGAUUUAAGGAAAUUGGCCCAGGAGAUCACCAAGGCCAGAAGCUUCCUCUGGAAGGCCCAGUCCUUCAGGUCCCAGCUCCAGAAGAAAAACAACACAGAACCAAAUGUUACUCCUUUUUAGACAAGCUUUCUCAGCCACAGAAUUGUCACUCACUGGGAAGCUCUGCACCAAGCCCUGCCCGGAACGCCCUUCUUAGCACCCUAUGCCUGGUGACUCCUGCUGAUCCAAAUGGCCUCAGCUCCACUGUGAAGAUGUCCCUGAGACCCAUCAAGAGCUGGGAGCCUCCAGCCUUCCUUCCAUUGCAUCCUGACCAAACAUCCCUUUUCACAGCAGUGACAUGUAGCACUUAUUAUGCCCAGCACUCCGUGUCAUGCUUCCUUGCUUCCCUGCCAACUCUUCUGGACUGUGAGCUCCCCCAGGAUGAGGCUGGUGUCCUCACCAUCUCUAGGUCCCCAGAACCUGCCACAGGGCAGAUGUAGUAAACUGUCAUCAUCCGGCUCAGCUGUGGGAGCCCAGCUCUAGAAACCAGCCAGAGGGUGUCCUUUCUACCCUGAUCCCCUCACUCUGUGCCUCCCACCACCCUGCUCCACGGGGGUGACGCAGACUCACCAUCGGCCCAUCUUGGGAGAAGAAACAAGGAGGCCUUACCACCUGCUCCCCUCCCUGUUCAACCAAUCUGAAUUAAAGUCUGCUCUGGAGCCGAGUCCAGAGACAGCGCUCUGCUCAAGCAGUGAAAGUCAGGCUGGGUCCACUGGGCUCAGCCCUACUGUGUGCGUAUGAAAUGAGCGUGUCAUGUAUUAUGUGGUCCGGGGGUCACUUUCUGAGGCAAAAAUUUGCUUAUAUUUAAUUAAAUAGGACCAAAAUGACUUCUAAGCUGAAGUGAUGAUUGGUUCAUCUGUAUGUGUGUCUAAGUUGUUGGUGAUAUAAAACUUUAUUAGAAGAUCCAUAUGCAGGGGCACCUGGGUGGCUCAGUUGGUUAAGCAUCUGCCUUUGGCUCAGGUCAUGAUCCCAGAGUCCUGGGAUGGAGCCCCACAUCGGGCUCCCUACUCAGCAGGGAAUCUCCUUCUCCCUCUCCUCCCUGCUUGUGCUCUCUCUCCUAUCUCUCUCUCUCUCAAAUAAAUAAAUCAAAUCUUUUUAAAAAAAGAUAAUAAAAGAUUCAUAUGCAGAAAAUAUGAACUCCAAAAGUUCUUCAUGUAGAAAUAAGAUAAAUAUCUUUAUAAGAAAUAGAUAAUAAGAUAAUAGGAAAAAAGAUAAAUAUCCUAAUUCUUUUAAAUGGACAGAACUCUCAAACAGGUACGAAUGGAGACUAGGUCUAUGAAAGGUGCUCAACAGCUUUACAGUGACAUGCAGAUUAAAACCACAAUGGUAUACCACUGCACACCCACCAGAAUGGCAUAAAGUAAAAAGACUGACAAUAUCAAGAUACAGAGCAACUAGAACUCUCAUGCAUUGCCGGGCAGAGUGGGGGCGGUGUAAAUUGGUUCAACCGCUUGGUAGAACUGUGACAAUUUUUGCUGAAGGAAAACGUAUGCCUACUCUGUGACUCAGCAAUUCCACUCCUAGAGAAACCGGUGCAUGUAUUCCAUAAAAGACAUAUACGAGAAUGUUUAUAGCAGCUUUAUUCAUAAGAGCCAAAAACUGGAAACAACCUAGAUGUCCACCAAUGGUAGAAUGGCCAAAGGCAUUGUGAUACAUUUGUACGAUCUGACACAUUUGUGAGACAUCGGUACAGUGUACGUUUCUACACAUCAGUUUAAAAAAUGAGCUACACGGGGCGCCUGGGUGGCACAGCGGUUAAGCGUCUGCCUUCGGCUCAGG